GCCUGCUCUUGUGCCUGCUGUUCUCUUGAAAAAGCUGCUGUAAACUCAUUCAUAAAACUGCUGAAGAAAAAUGAAGGCUCCUGUCAGAGCAACACGCAGGAUUCUUCCACAUUCAAAGAAGAGGAAUCAAGUUCACUCUGCUCUCAUCUACAGAGCUCACAAAGAGGUCAGUCCAGCUGGGAUGAAGAGUCCAGACUUCCUGGCCAGUCGGCAAAGUUUUCCAAGACUGGUCCUGCUCAGGCUGGUGAGCUCAGAGGCUUCCCGGCUGUCAAAAGCCAACAGACUGAAAGUGAUCACCCUGCGGGAGAUCAGUGCUGCUCUUGUACUCGUACAACGGAGGAUUCGUACAAGAGCUGCUGCAUGAGGAGUUGGAGAUGUUGAUUAUUUUUAUUAACGUUUAUCAUUAAAGAGUUUAUUGUGCUUUUAAUCUGUUGCCAUUCUAAUGCAAGUUUUGUGUGCUGAUUCCAAGUAAGAAACGAUUAAGUAUCCGCCACCAGUAGAAGUUCACAAAUGAAAUUAAGAUUUAAGAGGGGGCAGAGGCAGGUUUUUAGUGUUGGAUGCAAAUUCCUGAUAUGGUAGACUUUUUUUUUUUUUUUUUCCCUUCCCUUUACACAAAUUACAAAAGUAGGGUGUGAGCAUGAGCAGAUAAGGUAGCGUGCCUAUUUGCUUUAAGUGUGUGUAGGAUUUAGUGGCAUCUAGUGGUGAAGUUGUAGAUGGCAACUAACAAACUUCUCCCA